AUGGUUGGGCCGGACAUGGUUAUCCAGCUGCGUGACCACGCCGUACCCUUUUACGUAAACGGCGCGCGGCCGAUCGCGUUUCGCGACCGUGCAGAAGUGAAGUGCAAGCUGGAUGAUCUUGUAAAGAAGAAGGUGAUCGUACCCGUCAGUGAACCGUCGGAGUGGGCCGCACCGCUGGUAGUGAUCCGCGGUCCAGGCGGUAAACUUCGGAUCUGCAUCGACCACACGCGUUUGAAUAAGUUCGUUCAACGGCCUACGCACCCUACUCGCACGCCAUAUGAUGCGGUGGCUGAAAUCGACAGCGAAAUUCGCUUCUUCACCAGUUUCGACGCCGUAAAUGGCUACUACCAGAUCCCCCUCCACCCUUCCAGCCAGCAUCUCACAACAUUUAUGACGCCAUGGGGGCGCUACAAGUUCUUGCGGGCCUCCAUGGGCCUCUGUAGUUCCGUUCUGUACUCCGUCGUCCUCGACGGAUUGGCUUUCGAGGAGAUCCGCCGAUGUCGUGUCUUCUUCUGA